AGAAACGGAAUUACGACUCAGGUUUCAGUAAAUAAGCCAUGGCCGUAUGAUACACUUCGGGAGGAUGAGCUUGCGACUCUUUUCAUUGAUUCGAUGCCUUCGUCCUUCACAACCCAGAAGUUGCUGGAAUCAGUAAUCAACCUGGAGCAAGAGGCACCCUCGGUUGCUUCAUUAAAUAUGUUUAGCCUAUGGCUAGAUAUGUGUGACGACAAUCAUCCGGAAUGCAAGAUUCACACCGCCAGCAAGGCACAUUAUAUUCCAGCGCGUCUCAUUAACAUUCGGUCCACUGAUGCAGUGCGGGUGGUUGAAACAAGCUCCAUUGCUGCGGAAAUACGAGCUGCCUCGUUCAAAUACGCCACCCUAUCUCACUGCUGGGGCACUGUUCAUGAGCCUCAAUUGAAUAAGGCCACAGAAAGUAUUCUUAGGGGAGGAAUUUCUGUGGAUAAACUUCCUCGUCUGUACCAUGACGCUAUUAUCCUUGCUCGUCAUUUAAAAAUUUAUUAUCUAUGGAUUGACUCUCUGUGUAUAUUGCAGGACUCUGUUGACGAUUGGCGACAUGAGUCGACAAAAAUGGGAGAUAUAUACGAGAACUCAUACAUUUGCAUCGCAGCAACGCAGGCACCCGACAACAAUAGCGGGCUACUAGAAAGGCAGAGCGCAGAUUGGCCACGGCCAUUAGUUCAUGGAAACCUUGUUGUCUGUGCAGAUGUUGAGGUGGGAUCAUCAUUCUCCAAUUCGUCACGACCUGGGUGGUGCAACAGGAUUCUCGCACUUACAGAAGGGGUAGUAGAUAAUUCAGUACUGAAUCGAAGAGCAUGGGUUCUUCAAGAACGUAUGCUUUCGCCGCGCAUUCUGCAUUGCACAGCUGGAGAGUUCGUCUGGGAAUGUCGAAGGGGCAUGAGAUCUGAAAGUCAUAUUCUUUUAACGUCGGGUGGCAGCGUGACGAAAGAAGCGUGGAGUCAAAUACACGAGGUUGCUCCAAACUUGAAGCGGCCUUCAGAAUGGCAUCUCCAUUCCGAGCAAAGAAGGCAAUAUCUUGAAUUGUGGAGCGAGAUUAUUGGACGUUUCUCUUCGUUCAAUAUAAGCUUUCCUCAGGAUCGGCUACAAGCUUGUUCCGCUAUAGCCAAGCGGCUGCAGCCGAUAUUAGGAGAGUACGCAGCAGGUUUAUGGGAAAGGGUUAUGCCAAGUCAACUGCUCUGGCACCAUGCCUGCUUUCCUAGCUGCGAAAGAAAGAACAGCUUGAGGCAAAAUAACAGCCCAUCUUGGUCCUGGUCAUCGCUGGACUGCAAGGCGGUACUAACACGUUACUGGGAUGCUACAUACAACAUGUUCCCAUCUAUGGACAAAAUGUCAUAUACGCCACUUGGUGACAGCAAAGCACUUACAAUGGUUAAGAUUUUGAAAACUGAGGUCAAGUUAUCUGGAAACGAUGCGACGGGAGCGGUCGAAGGAGGACGCAUUGACCUUAGCGGGCUAGUAUUGCCUCUAUACAGAAGCUCAGCAUUUCGAUAUACACUGACUCCAGAACCGGAACCAGAGGAUCCAAAUUUUAACUUGAGAUUGCAAUUUGAUGAUGGUGACCCCCAUAUUUUUGAGGAGGAUACAGCCCUUCGGCGUCGUAUAACCGAGGAGCUAUCGGAUCCACGAUUUGGAAGGUUCAUGCCCAGCUACGAAAAUAUGAUACGCGGCCGUCAAAAAUUGGUGGAACGCCACUCGCCAAAAUUAACCAAAAUGUGCUGGUUACCAAUUAUAUCCACUUCCAAGCCAUCUGUGAGGUCGAUUCCGAAACAAAAGCAUCCAGUGGCCACAACUAUUCAUGGCCUUAUUAUUGAGCACAUAGAGGGUUCUACUGGGGUGUAUCGACGAGUUGGGACUUUGACUUUUAAUCUAGAAGUUCUUGAAGAUAAUACUGCGACCAGGCUCAACGCUGCGACUCCUUUAAGCGAUACUUGGCCGUCACGACUGGGCUACAAUGCCAAUGAGGGAUUUACAAUAGCU